ACGCAUUCCGUCAUUGAUGACGGAUAUGAGGGAGGGGAACAGGAAAUGUUGCAUUCAGUAUUCAGUUAGCAGUGGAGUUCUUGGAAGGGGAGAUCUGUUCCUAACAUCUGUCUGCUGCGCAAGUGCUCUCAACUCUCAACUCAAGGUCAAGUGUAAUGGCAAGUAACAACAUGGAGAAUCCUCCCACCUACAGUGAGGCGAUUAAGCAGCCUCCAUACAACCCCACUCAUGGAGGUCCCGCCCCCAAGUAUGAUGCAAAUUAUCAGCAGUCUCAGCCCCAGUAUGCACCCUCUGGACCCAGCAUCAAUGUGACGAGGACUGUGAUAGUGAUGCCGACUUAUGGCCCAUUCCCUGCUCGCACUAUGUGCACCUCAUGUCAUGCCGAUAUCACGACCCGAGUGGAACACAAGCCAAACACUCACACUCACUUGAUGGCCUUGCUUCUUCUGUUUCUGUUUUGGCCCUGUGCUCUCUGCCCAUACUGCACCGAUGCUUGCCAAGACACCAACCAUUAUUGCCCAAACUGCGGUGCGUUCUUGGGGACUCAUCGGGAAACUUAAACACCCUCUCCACACCACUUCAUCUCCACGACAGCUCUCAUCUCUACAACGACUCAUGUAUAUUUUUGAAAGAGCAUUUUUUAAUCACAGUUAGUUUUGGACCUACAUAUAUUUAAAUUCCAUUCCACCGCGUGUUUUACAUUAUAUUGGAGUGCAGUUUGCAGGAUGACUCACUAGCAUAACAAUUGUUAAGUACUCUUCCCAAUACAUUCCUAUUAAAAGUUACUGUGUAAUGUUAUAUUAUAUAUUGUGAAUGAUUAUAUGGUAGCUGUUAGUUUGAUAUUCUACAUUACUGAUUUAUAUUACACAAUAUGUCAAUUUAUCAAUGUAUUCUUUUUAAUUUUUGUUCAAUAUUGAGUAGUUUGUGACAAUAUACAUUAAAAUGUUUUUGUUACAGUAGAUGAUCAAACUAUUAUUUCCAUUAAUUAUAUGUAUUAAAAUAUACACAAUUAUUAUUUUAUUACUGCGAUCCUGGUUCAUACAGGAUGUUUGUCAAUGCCAAAAAUAAUAUUAUAUUGUAAAUAAAUACAUUAAAAAUGAA